AUGCUUAUUCGCACCAUUGCGUUUACGCUCCUACUUGCGGUGGUGGUCUCAGCAAACCUUUACAUCCACAACCCUCGUGGCUCAAACAACAGGCUGGAUGAAGCUAACCGCAACCGCAACGACGCCAAUCGGCUCUUUGACUCUCAAAACAACAACAAGGGCGGAUACAACGUCAACCGCAUCGAGUACUACGGCGGCUCGCUGCUCGACAUCGACCUUACAUUCCAGCACGGCUGCGGAUUCGGCACCGAGUGUCAAAUCAUUAUGCAGUACAUGUGCGACAGCAUGGCCGGGACCGGCCUCGGCAUCCGAAACGGCCAGCAACAGACCCGUAUUCCGGAGCAGCGUGAUGACGACCAUCGGUACGGGCGCCACGAGUCGGCAUCGUACUGGGCGGACUGCAAGGCCCGUCAGCGCAACCUUGGCCUCUUCCUCGCCGACCAGAUCAUCCCCGAGGAUGCGACUGCGAUGCGGACUCGCCAGAACAACGACGAGAACGCCAACAACCGCCGCCGCGGCUAUGAGUGCCCCGAGGAGCGCGACUACUACCCGUACUGGCACCCCUCGCCGUGGAAGGACAUUGCAAUUUACACCUCGCGUGCGGAUGAGCUCUGCCCGAUCUACACCGCCGAGUCGCAGAAUGUCAAGGGCAAGCACUACUGCGCCGGCCUCCGCGAGGCGACACCUGAGAAUCCGAUAACCAACGGGGCGGCGAUCAACAACCAGGCCCAGUGCGAGGCCGUGGCCGAGUUUGAAUGGGUCGAAGCGCCGGCGUGGGGCCUUCCUCCGCCCGCCUGCCUCCAGAUGAGCGCCUAUCCACCGAACCGCGUCACCCGCCUCCGCCACUCGUGGAAGCUCCCCAUCGUGACCGAGCGCCAGAGCUGCGUCUUCCGCGCGCGGUACAACGUGUCAUCGGCCGACUAUGACGGAUGGAGCACCUUUGCCGAUCUCAACGGGAACACGGGCAACUACGCGUGGCAGACAAACCCGACUGUCGACGUCGGCUCGGCGAGCACUAACAUUCGCCUCAAGCUCACCAUCUCGACCGAUCAGAUGGGCCGGACGUUCCAGGACCGUAGCUCUACGUUUAUGCUCCGGCCGGCGCCGUACGACGUCGACGUCACGCCGAUCGUCAACCUCAAUGUGGCAGGCUCCCGUGGCAACCCCGUCCAGAACUUCCCGAGCAUCGAGUACGAGUUUACGCCCAAGGUCCUCACCGUCGACGUCAACACCUUCAUCCAUCGGCAGGUGACUGGCUCGAACACGACGCCGGACGGCGCCGGCCACGGUGCUGACGAAACCGAUCGCUCCAACUUUGUGGCUGUCGUUGGCAACAACCCGAAGAGGUCGUAUGUCCACGUCGGCAACUCGAGCGACCCAGAUGUUAGCAACGAUCUGGUGGCGUGGUGGGGAACGCUUGGCGGAAUCUCUAGCCAGAUGGAUGACGUGCCGCCGUACGUCGACCUCGGUCUGCAUCGCUACCGCACGGCCGGCACCAGGCACUACCUCUGCACCCGCAACACCGACUUUUCCUCCCGCACCCAUCGCGGCUCGAUUGUUGUCAAUGACGCACCUGGAGGCGUUCAGCCGCCGAUCCCGUCGUCGACGACAGGAACCGUCUCAACCGGCAGCGGCGUCGGGCCCGGGAGCGGUGGCUCGCCGGCGCCGGCACCAACGCCGGCCCAGAUUGUGGCGGCCGGCGACGGCGACAAGGAGCGGUCCAAGGGCAUCGGCAUUGGUAUCGGUAUUGGCCUCCUCGUCUCUGCCGUGCUUGCCGGCGUCGCCGCCGCCGCUUUUGUCGUCUGGAAGCGCCGCGAGAGCAAGCUGAGUGACGAUGACUUUGCCGCACCGGCUGCUGCCAGCGACGCCGAGCUUGCCGCCAUUUAG